AUGUCACAUGGACUAAAACGUGAUUCUUUUACGACGGCUUCCAUUGAAACGCUGACUGACGAAGAGAAUGCGAAUACUUAUGGAAAAAUUAUACAAGUGCGAUGUGGGACAAUUAUCGCUAAAAUGCACGUAGAACUUUUCUUAUGCCCUGGGAUCCAUCAACCAUGCAUCGAGCUUGGAGGCGAAAUGAUCAGUCCAAAAGAAUUUACUGUUCGAGCCAAUAAGGACAAGCAAAAAGAUUGGAAGGGCAGUAUUCGGAUAGGGAAAUCAAACCUUAGGUCUCUUAUGGAAAUGCAUUCAUUCGACUUUUUCAACCACACGAAAUUCUGUUCUGCAAAGUGCCAAAGUAGGAACUACAUAACACCAAAGGAAAAGGAGUGCGAUAAGGAAAGAAGAAGCAGCCUUCAAGCCGAGAGGGCGGCAGCUCAAAUCACACAGCUAUUCAAUUCCCACAUUCUGAACUCGAAUAAUUGCGGGCUUGAUUCAGGUUCAAUUUCGCAUCUUAUACAGUUAGGCAGGACUUUGAGCAAUAACAAUGGAAGUAGUAGUAAUAAGAACUACAUUCAACUGAAUAACGACGACAACACAUCAGCUUUGACCAGUAUUACAAACCCGCAGGAUUGGACCGAGGAGCUCGUUGACGUAGAUGACUCGCUUGCAAACGCUCGCAUCACAGUAGUUCCAACGACUGAGCAGAUCCUUUUACUUAUGCUAACAGAACCAGUGACCUUUUGGAAUGAAAUGCAUAAAUCCGGGCUCCUGGAUGAACUUGUUGACCUACUGACGCAAUGUCUGUCGGAAAUUAAAAAAGCCGCAAAAAGUGGUGGUCUCUCAUGGGCUGCUCCCGUACUUACCCGUGUUGUUUCUGUUCUUAAUAUGAGCGAUCGAAUAGCGAAGUGCGUUCAUGCAAAACCAAAGGAGAAUGUGUCCACUGAAGCAUUACCAACUACGAGGACCACAGUAGAAAACUGCACACAACCAUGGGAAAUGGACGAAACAUUGCGGAUGAUCCUGCCUCAGUGCUCUCCUUUCACGAAGAGACCUCGCAUUCAGUAUACCUCCGGCAUCGUCCCUUAUUUAGAGGGUCUGGAUGUUCAAACUGGUUUCGCCAACAAUACGAACUCCACAACUCUGGAAGGUCAAGAAAUUCUCGUACCGCCUAAGAUUUCUUGUUUGCGUUCUAGAGAACCUCUCGUUAAUCAAAAGUUUACCUGACAACAUAUGAAAGCAAAAUACGCG